ACCAAUGAAAUACCUACACAAAUGAUUUAGUUUGGCAGUACCAAUCAUAACCUUUUACAGUUUAAACGUUUUACAUAACAAAUGUGUGGUGUCCUUAAAGCUUUGAUUUUAUAGUGCACACCCUUCUUCAUUUCCUGCAUCUAUACAUUAAUUAAAUUCUCUUGUCAACAAGUAAUUUUAAUCCACUGCUAAAGAUUGCUCUUCCGGUUGUUAUUGCUGGUAAGUUUUGGAGGGUUUGCAGAAGAUGGUAUCACUAGAAAGAUCAAGAAAGAAAGUUAUGAAAUGGAAGAAAGUCAUGGUGCAUUUUUCUCUGUGUUUUGUGAUGGGGUUCUUCACAGGCUUUGCUCCUAUAGGUAAAUCUUUAUUUCACAACCAUGUUGCUGCUUCAAAUAGGUCAGAAUUUGCACCACAACCUAUUGAAGUGUCACACAUGACAACGAAUUUCAAUAGAAGUUGGAUAGCUCCAACACCAGAGGAAACAUCAAAAUUGCAUGCAAAACUAUUGCCCCAGUUGAAGCCUAGAAGGCCUAUUAUCAUUGUAACUCCAACAAGCACAAAACCUCCCUUCCAAGCAGUGGUUUUGACAAGGUUGGCAAAUACCAUAAAGCUGGUUCCUCAACCAUUGCUGUGGAUUGUUGUGGAAGGGCAAACAGAUUCUUCAAAACUUUCAGAGACACUUAGGAAGACUGGCAUUAUGUAUAGGCUUUUGGUUUCCAAGGAAAACUUCACUGACUUGGAAGCUGAACUGAAUCACCAGAGAAAUCUUGCACUCAAGCACAUUGUGCAUCACAGGCUAAGUGGGAUUGUUCACUUUGCUGAGCUUUCCAAUGUUUAUGAUCUCGAAUUCUUCCAACAACUAAGAUAUAUUGAGGUAUUUGGAACAUGGCCAACUGCAUUGUUAGCAGCAAAUAGGAAGAAAGUGAUAAUAGAAGGACCUGUAUGCGAUUCUUCACAAGUCAUAGGUUGGCAUUUAAGGAAUAUGAACAAUGAAACUGAUACCAUUAUUCCUCCCAUUCAUAUUUCAAGUUUUGCAUUCAACAGUUCCAUCCUUUGGGACCCUGAGAGAUGGGGUCGCACUUCCUAUCUUCAAGACACCUCUCAGAAUUCCAUCAAAUUCGUGAAGCAAGUUGUUCUAGAGGAUGAAGCAAAGUUGAAAGGAAUUCCCCCAGAGGAUUGUUCCAGAAUCUUGCUUUGGCGUUUCAAUUUUCAUGGGCGUACCACUUCAAAUCAUAAAACUUUCACUACUGCAUCAGAUGGUAUCCCAAAGUAAUAUGCAACAUUCCUGAUGUGAAGAAUUCAUUCAUUAUUUUUUACAUUUACAAAUAUCUUCUAUGAUUAUAAUUUUAUACAUCCUUGUUAUUUUCA